AUGGCAGCAUCAAGCUCCGACAGAAGCGCGUUCACUUCCCAGGACUCCGUCGCACACCUCUGGCGCGACCUCGGCCUCCCCGAAGCCAGUCUGGCGUCGCUCGACAUCACCGACCCCGAGAAACCGGGUCUCCCCUCCUCCUUCAAGGUGGGCCAUCUCGCGCAGGCGUCCAUCGCCCUUGCGACCUUGCUCGCCGCGCAGAUCCACAGCCUGCGAAACCACAACCACAACCACAACCACAACCACUCCCCACGACCACCCACAGUGACCGUCUCGUUCCGCCACGCCUGUGUGGAAUUCAACUCCUGGCGACUCUACACGAUCGACGGCGAGCCGGUCCAAUUCCCCCCAACCAGCCCGGUGGGCGGUCUACACAGAACGUCUGACGGCUACGUGCGCGUGCAUGACGGGUUCCCGAACCACCGGGACGGAGCCAAGGCGCUCCUCGGCUGCGCGCCGGAUGUGACGAUGGAUCGGGAGGCCGUCGCGGCGAAGGUGGCCGCGUGGCGGUGCGUAGACUUGGAGCAGACGGGGGUCGAGACCGGGCUCGCCAUCGCUGCGUUGCGGAGCUUCACGCAGUGGGAUGUGCUUCCCCAGGCCCGUGCCAUUGCGGAUACGCCGAUCCGGCUACGCAAGAUUGGCGACGGCGCGUCAACGGGGCCGGGGCUGCCGGACUGCCUGGGGGCUGGCGGCGCGGAUAAGUGCCUGCGCGGGCUGCGGGUGCUGGAGAUGUCUCGCGUGAUUGCGGCGCCCUUGUCCGGCAAGACGCUCGCCGCCCACGGCGCCGAUGUCCUGUGGGUGACGAGUCCCAAUCUCCCGGAUUUGCCGGAGCUGGAUCGCGAGAUGGGCCGUGGGAAGAGGACGAUUCAGCUGGAUCUGCAGGCUGAAGAGGAUGAAGCGGAGCUGUUCAGGCUCCUGGACGAGGCGCACGUGUUCAUCCAGGGUUACAGGCCGGGGAGUCUGGCGGCGCGCAGGCUGUCCCCGGAGGCGAUCGCGCGAAGAUGCGCCGGUCGCGGGAUCAUCUGUGCGAAUCUGUCGGCGUAUGGUCCGGACGGGCCGUGGGCUGGCCGUCGCGGAUUCGACUCCCUGGUCCAGACGUGCUCGGGGCUGAAUGUGUCCGAGGCCGAGCACUUUGGUGCUGGCGAGGCAGCCCGUCCGCUGCCGUGUCAGGCAUUGGAUUAUGCGGGAGGCUUUUUCCUCGCCGCCGGGGUCAUGGCGGCGCUGUACAAGCAGGCGACGGAGGGCGGAUCGUGGCAGGUGGAUGUCUCCCUGGCCGGGGCGAUGAAGUACUUGCGGUCGCUGGGACAAUACGAGGGCCGAAGCGGAUUCGACGCGCCCGAUUAUCUCCGUCCGGAGGAUGUGCCUUCGGAGUACAUGGAGACGCAUAUGACGGGGUUCGGCAGGAUGACCUCGGUGCGACAUUCAGGGUCAAUCCAGGGGGUGGAAGUAGGAUGGGAGAUAAUGCCGAAGCCAUUGGGCGCUGACGAGAAGCGAUGGUUAUAA